CACAGGCCCUGAAUAUGUCAGAUCUCAGAUUCUUAUUGCUAUAAUGGCCAUAACAGGCUUCUUCUAAGGUUUCAUUUAUUAACAUUAGUUAACUAUGUGAAUUCAGUUAAUAUGAACUAACAAUGAACAAUACUUCUACAGCAUUUAUUAAUCAACUUUAAUAUACUCUUAAUAAUAAAGGUUCCAAAGGAGGUUUCCGCAGGGAUGCCACUGAAGAUUCAUUUUAGGUUCCCCAAAAAACUUUUUAGUGAAGUUCUUAAAGAAACCACUUUUUCUUAAUGUAAAGAGCGUUUUAAUAAUCAAAAGAACCUUUUUCCACCAUAAAGAGCCUUUUGUGUGAUGAAAAUAUGUUUAAGGUUCUUUGUGGAACCAGUGAUGCCAAUAAAGAACCUUUAUUUUUAAGAGUGAAUGCAUUUUCAAAAUCUAAAGUACUGUUUGUUAAUAUUUGAUAAUGAACUUUUAACUAACAUGAACAAACAAUGAACAACUAGACGUUAACAAAGAUUAUGCUUUAAUUGGUCAUUGUUAGUUCAUGUUAGCUAAUUCGUUUACUAAUGAGACCUUAAAGUGAUAUCAUUAAUUUCCUACAUCACACUGAUCAUAUUAUUACUGAAUAAAUAACAUGAGAAAAGACUAUCUGUAUUUGUGUGUGCACUAUAGGGGAAUAUUUUGACCGUCAUUCAGGACCUUUCAGUGGACAGUAGAGGAAUUAGAGAUGAACAAUAGGUAGAUGAGAGAUUUUGUGAGGCCAUUGUGCAAUAACAGUGAACACUUAGCUGGCAUUUUCCACAGCUGAAUAAAAGGCAGGGGGCACUGGGUCCGUGUUUCCCUGUCAGAGCAUAGAGCGGGAACACAGUUCGCUUCAGGGUUUCAUCUGAAGAGAGGUUACGGUUGAAGGAAAAAGUGGAGACCCACAACACGCCGCGGCAAACAAGGACCUGGCCCGCUCUCCUCCAGUUCCUCCCUUCAAGUAUUGCUCGCGCUCUCCAGUCGACCGUGGAGCGUUGGAGAGAGAUGCACCCACAGCGCCCGCUGCCCCAGGCCAUGCCCUCCUCACUGGGCCAAAACCUGAGAGAUGCAGCUAUGAGGAUGGGCCAUGGCAAGGGCAUACUGGGAGGAAAUGUGGCGUAUGGAGUUAUCCAGUCUCUUAAAGAGUGCCUCUACUUCCUGCUCUGCUGCUGGUGCAUCAAAGAGAUCAUGGAUUGACUGAAAGAAAGGUAAAACAAAGGUUUUACAGAGUUUUUGAGCCAGUGGAUGUUUCAUCACAGAUGUGUUGAUGCUUUGGCCUGAUUUCAGAUCUCUUUACACAUGCAUAAACGCACAUGCCUUACAAGCAUUAGAGGCUGCUGUAUUAAUGCAGUUUAAAGCAUUAUUCAAACAUGUUUUAAAAGAGACUGUUUGAGAAAA